AACUCUUCUUUUUCUGUCUGAUUGUUUUCCUGGCAGUCUGUUUGAUAUGGGCGGUGAGUAUUACUGCUACUCCUCCGACAUCACCUGCUCUUUCCCAGUCAACGGCAAGUUCACCGCAGACCAGAGAGCCAUUUAUGAAGCCGUGCUGAAGUCCUCCAGAGCCGUGAUGGCCGCCAUUAAACCAGGUGUGAAGUGGACAGACAUGCAUCGUCUGGCUGACCGGGUUCACCUGGAGGAGCUGCUGAAGAUGGGGAUCCUGCGUGGGAGCGUGGAGGAGAUGCUGAAGGUUCAUCUGGGCUCUGUGUUCAUGCCACACGGUCUGGGUCACCUGCUGGGCAUCGACGUCCACGACGUGGGAGGAUAUCCAGAG